AUGCAGCUCUCAGAAGUGCAGGCGGAGGAGGUGAAGAAGUGGGUGAUCAGGAAGCUAGAAGACAUAUCUGAUGCUGAUUCUGAUGUGCUUGCUGACUACGUACUGGCACUCAUCCGCACGGAUGCUCCAGAUGAAGAUAUCAGGAAGGCCUCGGAGGAGAACUUGGAAGACUUUCUGAGGGAGCAUACUGCUCAAUUUGUCAACGAGCUCUUCACUACAUUCGCAUCGAAAACACCCUCUGCGCCACAAGUUCAACCACCUCUACCUCAUGAUAUGCCCAGCAUUGCGGCAACUUCUACGCAAUCGGUCCAGUUCAAUCCGCCCUCGGGCCCUCCCAGAGGCACUUAUGGACCUCAAGUGGAUAAUAUUUCUCAAUCACAAAGCGACGGUCCCAGCUUCAAUCGCAAGCGUAGCUACCAUGAAGGUUUCCACGCUGAUCAAGAGCGCGAUGAUUUCCCUCACAACCGGACGUUCAAGACCCCGCGUCGAGGCCGUGGCGGUGGCAGGGGAGACUGGAUGGGCAGAGAUAGCCGUACCACGUCUGGUGUACCGGGGCUAUUCCCCCCCACCGCGGGCGGGUUCCCCGUCAUGCCUCCUGCGUUCCCUGCAUUCGAUCAAAAUGACCCAAUGGCAGCAAUGAUAGCGCUACAGGGCAUGGGUUUCCCUCAGAUGCCUGGAAUGCCCCCGAUACCUAUGCCACCGGGUGCUCCCGGACAGCAGCCGGAGCAGAUGGUGCCGAAAACCUCAGAGCGAUGUCCAUUCUACGAGACUCAGGGGAUAUGCUAUCUAGGGGCCGCCUGCCCUUAUCAGCAUGAUUCUAUGCCUGGUAUCUCGAAAGAGGAUGAAUAUGACCCGAAAUCAUCCAAUAUCGUGACAGACUUCCAAAGACGGAAUACGGACUCUUCAUUCCGCGGCGGCGACAGGGGUCGUGGCCGCGGUCGCGGAGACAGGGGCGGGUUUGGAGGUCGCGGACGUCGUUCAGAGCUCUCUGCUGCGGGACCUAACGAUGAUACUUCGAUUACUACGAUCGUGGUUGAACAAAUCCCGGACGACAAGCUUGACGACGCAACCAUCCGCGAGUUCUUUUCACAGUACGGUGAAAUCGUCGAAGUCUCUCUGCAACCACACCGGCGACUUGCCUUGAUUACAUAUGAUAGCCAUGCAGCUGCUAAGCGAGCCUGGUCCAGUCCCAAAGUCAUAUUCGAUAACCGAUUUGUCAAGGUGUAUUGGCACAAGCCAAAGACGGAGCGGAAUAAUGAAUCGCGGCCAGCUCAUGUCGAGGCCUCUGCGGAAGAACCGGUCUUCGAUCAAGAAGAAUUCGAGAAGCAGCAGGAAGAGGCGCAAAAGGCCCAUGACGAGAAGAUGAGGAAACGCAAAGAGACUGAGCAUGCCAAGCAAGCGUUGGAAAAGCAGCGAGAGGAGCUCUUGAAGAAACAAGAAGAAGAAAAAGACCGACUCAUGCGAAGACUUGGCGCUAAGAACGUUAGCAAUGGCGCAAAGCCUGAAAGCGAUGAAAUACAAUCCACAUCCGAAGACAACACCAGUGAUCAGACUAAACAAUUGCGCGCACAACUAGCGGCUCUGGAAGCAGAGGCGAAGACGCUCGGAAUUGACCCCAGUAGUUCGGACUCAACCUCGUCUUUUGGCUACCGCGGCCGUGGUAGAGGAGCUUUCGGCAGAGGCGGCUAUCCACCACGAGGUCGUGGAUAUGAUCCCUCCUACCGUGGCGGUCGCGGACGAGGUGGCAUGGCGCGUGGCCGAGGUGGUGUUCUUCGUCUCGACAAUCGACCCAAAAGAAUUGCCGUCUCCGGCGUGGAUUUCAAUAACGAGAAGGAUGAAGCAUUACGGCAGUUCCUGAUUGGCAUCGGGGAAUACGAAUCGAUUGAGCCCCAUCCCGAGGAGUCUAGUUCUCUCAUUGUAGCGUUCAAAGAGCGCUACGUCGCAGAGAAAUUCAUGUUCGGAUCCUGGAAGAUUCCUUCCGUCGGCGAGGUUCAACUCACCUGGGUCCCCAAUCCUCCCAUUUCCACCCUGUCUACAACUUCGGGUCCCGGGUCAGAGACGAAAGCGACUCCCGACGAAGAUACCAUGAUGGACUCGACCACGUCUCCACCUGCCCAGUCAACAAAACAGAAAGACGGAAAUAAUAACCACGAAGUAGACUAUGAUGUCGCAGAGGUGGAUGAUAACUGGGGCGUGGAGUAA